CCGAAGACACGCGACCUGUGGUGAAUUGACAGGAGACUCUCUCUCGUCUGGUUUGCAGACUGCAGCAAGAAGAACUUUGUGACACGACAUCUGUACAAUGGCCGACAAGCUUUUCAAGGUGAGAACGAAGUUCGUGGAACAGGUGUCCAUACCAACUCUUUAUCGGCUCCUAGACAACAUUCUGGAGGAUGACAUUGUGAACAACGACAUACUGGAGGGGAAAAGCAGCAGAGACAACAAGGCGCGCUGCCUCAUCGACACGGUGAUGAAGAAAGGCGAUAAAGCCAGCAUGAAGAUGAUCGCUCACCUUCAAAACUGUGAUCGCGUUCUUUACUCUGAGCUGGGCCUCGGCCCGCUACCGCCUGCUCCCCCGGCGGCAGAGCCUCGGAGCAUUAAGGAGGAGUCAACCACACUCAUCCCCGCUACUGAGGAUUUCUGGAGGAAUAAACAGAACAAGAAAGAUAUUUACCCUGUGACCAAAGAUAACUAUAGGAAUCGUGUGGCGCUGCUUAUCACCAAUAUAAAGUUCAAGCUUAAGAGAUUAGACAGAGAUGGAGCUGAGAAAGACGAGGAGAACGCAGAGAAACUUCUCACAGAUCUGGGAUACGAGGUGGUGAAAUACACAAACCUCACUGCAAAGGCCAUCGAUAAUGCUGUAAUCAAGUUCUCUGAACAUCCAAAACUCCGGGAGACAGACAGCGUGAUGGUGGUUAUCGGGUCUCACGGGGAACUGGGAAUUAUCCUAGGUGUUGACUGGACACCACAUGAACCGGAUGAGUUCCCAAUCGACAACAUUUAUAAACACUUGAGUCCAGAGAAAUGUCCGGCUCUGCUGAACAAAACUAAAAUCCUCAUCAUCCAGGCCUGCAGAGGAGGUGAGAAAGGCGCUGUGCUGGUGAGCGACUCUGCGGCUGGGCCUGAUGAAAUCAGACACGGAGGGUUUUCUCCUGAUAGUUGGCAAAGAAUCGAACACAGAGAAAAAGACUUCAUCUCUCUUCUCUCCUGCACGCCUGGCACCAUGGCAUAUAGAGAUCCGGUUCUCGGGUCUAUGUUAAUCCGGUUUACUGUCAACGUAUUCAACACGGCCGCAAACGAGGAUGACAUUGAGGAACUUUUCAGAAAAGUCAUGCAACGCUUUGAAGAGUACCGCCCUUCAAACAAAAGGCAGAUGGCGACCAAGGACAGAUGCACACUGACAAAACGCUUUUACUUUUAUCCAGGUCUCAAUCUUGUUUGAGAUAUUCCUGUUAUAAACGUGUUAUGAUAUCUUCAGGGGUUGUACACGUGUUCAUAAUGUGUGCUAUUGGCACAUAGGGGAUCUAUUUACUUCAACGGCCCAUGUCUUUUUCAGUUUUGUAUUAUUACAUUUCUACCCUUGGGUUAGGGUUUGGCCAGAGAAUCUUUUUUAACCCAGGGUUAAGGGUUGCAUACGGUCUAUGUGCAGAUCUUAGCUGACACUGGUUGAGAGGUGGGGGACACCCUGAUAUCUCAGGGUUGUGUGUGUGUGAUAUAAGCAGUUAAGGAAAAGUACAGUGAACUUUCAUACUUUUGUAUUUUUACUUGUGUAAGAUUCAUCAACAACAGUUCACACUGUGAUGUAACAUUUAUGAGUAAACAAGAAAAGUUAAAAUAAAUAUGAGAAUUGAAAAGACAA